CACACACGGACCCUUCAAUCACCACAACAAAACAAAAACCAAAACAAAAGAAAAGUCUAAUCAAAAGCUCCAUAAUGCCUAUAUAAAACCACCAUUGCAUCUCUCUCUCUCACCACUUCAUCUCCUCCAAGAAACCUUUCAUUUCAACACACAAAAGACAUCAUCUUUCCUGGUGGGAAGCGCCAACAAAAAUGGAGCAAAAACCCCACAUAGCCUUACUUCCCACACCCGGCAUGGGUCACCUCAUCCCACUCGCCGAGUUCGCCAAGCGACUCGUCCUGACUCACAACUUCUCCGCAACCUUCUUGAUCCCAACCGACGGCCCGUUGCCCAAAGCCCAGAAAUCCUUUCUUGAAUCUCUCACCCCCGCCGGCAUAUCGCACGUCCUCCUUUCUCCGGUCAACUUCGACGACUUGCCCGACGACGUUCGGAUCGAGACCCGUAUCUCCCUCUCCGUGACCCGCUCCCUCCCUUCCCUCCGCGACCAGAUAAAAUCACUCGUUUCGGGUCACCGGGUCGUCGCCUUAGUCGUUGAUCUAUUCGGUACCGAUGCUUUUGACAUAGCUAUGGAAUUCCAAAUCUCUCCCUAUAUUUUCUUCCCAUCCACGGCCAUGGCCUUGUCAUUAUUCCUUUACUUGCCGGAGCUUGAUUCCUCUGUUUCUUGCGAGUAUAGAGAUUUACCCGGCCCGGUUCGGAUUCCGGGUUGCAUACCGAUCCACGGGAAGGACUUGCUGGACCCGGUUCAGGACCGAAAGGAUGAGGCCUAUAAAUGGGUUAUUCAUCACACAAAACGGUACGGUUUGGCUGAGGGUAUUAUGGUCAAUAGCUUCAAGGAAUUGGAAGGUGGGGCAAUUGGCGCUUUGCAAGAGAAAAAACCCGGAAAACCGCCCGUUUACCCGAUUGGGCCACUCAUACAGAUGGAUUCGGGUAGCGGGGACGACGGGUCGGGUUGUUUGAGUUGGUUGGAUAAUCAGCCACCUAGCUCUGUUUUGUUUAUCUCGUUUGGGAGUGGUGGGACCCUCUCACAUGAUCAGCUCAAUGAGCUUGCCUUGGGGUUGGAAAUGAGUGAACAAAGAUUCAUAUGGGUUGUUAGAAGUCCAAGUGACACAGCUGCUUAUUCCAGUUUCUUCACUGUUCAAAGCAAAACUGACCCUUCUGCAUUUUUACCAAAAGGGUUUGUAGACAGGACCAAGGGGUAUGGCCUACUGGUGCCAUCUUGGGCACCACAGGCUCAAAUCCUUAGCCAUCGCUCGACCGGAGGGUUCUUAACCCACUGCGGUUGGAACUCGACGUUAGAAAGCGUGGUUCAUGGCGUUCCGUUAAUCGUUUGGCCACUUUAUGCAGAGCAGAAGAUGAAUGCUGUGAUGUUGAUCGAGGAUGUAAAAGUGGCGUUGCGGCCGAAGGUUGGUGAAAACGGUAUAGUUGGGCGUGUUGAGAUUGCCAAAGUCGUGAAGGGUCUAAUGGAAGGGGAGGAAGGGAAGCAAGCUCGAACCCGAAUGAGAGACCUAAAAGACGCCGCGGAAAGGGUUCUAAGCGCUGACGGGUCUUCAACAAGGUCGCUUGCUGAGUUGGCACAGAAGUGGAAGAACAAGAUUAGUAAUGAAAAUUGAUUAGGUUAAGUCAUUAGUGUCUGUCUACAUGUUGGCUCUAUUUCUUUCUCCUUCUUGUUUUUUUUUUUUUUAAUUUCUCCCCAUUGUCAUAAGGCCUUGUACAAGCUUGUAUGCUCUUUAUUGGUAUUGAAGUGGCAUUUAUUUUUA